AUGGAUGCGCUCUGCUUGUUACCCAAGGUCUUUGCCUGGGAGGUGCACGUGGAUGUCCUGGUGCUGAGCUCCGGGGGCAACUUGUUAGACUCUCUGGCGCUGGCGCUUUGCGCCGUGCUCUCCGAGACCUUACUGCCCAAGGUGGAUGUGAUCGAAGCCAUGGAGGAAGGAGAAGAUGUCCAACUGAAGGUGGACGACCGGCCUGAAGCCGGCAUGCGCUUCCCGAUGAAGCAGCUGCCUCUCUGCGUCACCGUGGCAGAGAUCUCCGGGAAGUUUCUGAUGGAUGUCACUUCUGAAGAGGAGAUGUGUGCCGAGGCCAUGCUAUGUGUCGUGGUGGACGGCAAGACUGGAGAUGUGAUUGGCUUGCACAAGCUGGGGCGCGGCUUGGUCGACGUGAGCGCCAUGCCUGCGAUGCUGGAAAGGUGUCGGGCCACAGCAGCUGCGUUGGCACAGCAGCCAGAAGCCCAGCAGCUUCAACUUGGGAAGCGAAAGAUGAUCUAA